AUGAUAUUAUUAACAUUAAGAUUUAUUAAGUUAUUUAACGCCCAAGAAUGGACUCCAGUAACCACAAAUGAAAUAGAAAAUCAAACAAAAAUGUAUAUUAAACAAGGUAAUUAUUACGUAAGUACAUCUCUAGGAAAUCACAAUCAUUUGAAUUUGAGUGAUGAUUUGUCAAAAGCUUCAGUAUUUUUAAUUAAUACUCCUUCAAAUGAACAAAAACAUAGACGUAUUAUUAAUUUAGCAUCAGAUCCUAAUUACACAGUUGACAAGCAUGUCUGGAAAGAUGAUGUCGUUUUUAUGUAUAAAAAAUUACACGGUGGUGACAAUCAAAGAUUUUAUUUAGAAAAAAAUAAAAAUCAAAAAAUUAGAAUGAGAGUUGUUUAUAAAAAUAAAGAAAAGUGUUUAUCAAAUAAAAACGGUAAAUUAGUUGGUGCAGUAUGUGACGGUAAUGAUGUAAAACAAUAUUUUGAAUUUAUUUCCAGUAAUUUACCAGAUGUUAAUAUGUCAAAUAAGGAAUUUUUAAACAAAUUUAAAAAUAGUAUAGUUUCCUUAAGAAGUAAUGAAAAUGACAUGGCCAUGUUAUCAUCUGAUUUAACUUUUAAUAAUAGAACACCAUUAAAAUUGAAAUUAGAAGAAGUUGGAAAUUACUUUAAAUUGAUGCAAGUUAAUUCAGAUAAACCAAAAGCUUAUCUUGACACUAAAGAUGAGUUAAAUUUUGAAGUUGAUGAUGGAAUGAUGACUAAAAUAUUUUUUAUAGAAACACUUGUAAAUGACACUGUUAAAAUAAUUGAUGUUGUUAAAGGAAAUUGUUUAACAAGAGAUGUUGAUUAUAAAUUGAAAAUGAAAACAUGUGGUGUUAAUGAUUUAAAUCAACAAUUCACCUUUAUAACUGAAUUUAAUCUUAAUAACACAUUUUUUAUUGGAACUCUUUGUUUUAAUAAUAAGAAUUGUUAUUUUAAUAAGGAAAAUUCAGAAUUAAAAAUUACACAAAAUCAUAACGAUGCAUCUAAAUUUAUAAUUGAGCCAAUUUUAAGUGAAAAUGAUGAUGAAAACAAUGUUAAACACAAGGUUAAGAUAGUAGAAUAUGGACAAACUUUUUAUUUAAACAAAGACAAAAAUAAGCUUAUUUUCCAAAUAGAAUAUUCUACACCGUGGAAUGUAACAGAUAUUAAAGAAAAGAAUGAAAUUAGAAUUAGUGAUGUAAAUGAAGAGUUAUGUGUUACUACACCUGAAAUAUUUUCUAUUGAUAAGACUAUUAGUUUAAGAAAAUGUCAAACUAAAGCUAUUCCAACUCAAUACUUUAAGAAACAUGCAAAUAUCGCUGUAUUACAAUCUGAAUUAAGAGAAUUAGAUUAUUAUAAUGAUUAUCCUUUAAAUAUUUUAUUAAAUAAUGAAUAUUAUCAAAAUGACAACAAUUUGAUUAACGAUAAAACUAUAAAAGAAUAUUAUGAUAAUGAUAAAGCCAUUGAAUUACCGGAAUUAUUUUAUAAAUUAAUAACUAAAAAUAUUAAAGAAGAAAGUGAUAUAAAAGAGGAAAGUGAUAUAAAACAAGAAAGUGAUAUAAAAGAAGAAAAUGAUAAAAAAGAUGAAAAUUAUUAUAAAAAUGAUAAUUUAUAUAAAUUAGAUAAAAUGGUACAUAAAAAUUUAAAUACAUCAGAUCAUCAUCAUGAAUUUUCAAAUAAAAAUGAUCGUUUAGAAAAUGGUAAAAAAAGAAUUAAUGAUCUUAUAGCUAAUGGUGAUUUAACUUAUAAAAAGAGUAAAUGUUCUAGUGGUAGCUCUUCAGGAUAUAUAACAGUAACAAAAACUACUACUACAACAUCUAAAAGUUACUUAAAUGAACCUCAAGAAAAAGUAAAAAAAAUAAGUUUACUUGAUUCAAUCAAAUCAUUUGGAAGAAGUUUUUUAUUUACAAUUGACAAUUAA